AGACAACCCGUUCAUGGACCGGGCAGCUGUGGCAGGAGUGGUACUGGGUCAGUACAUAUUCACCUUGAAGAGGAAGACGGGGCGGAAGACCAAGAUCAUCGAGAUGUUUAUAUCCAAGCCCUGCAUCUCUGGGUAUUGCUUACCACCUAUGCUGUUGUUCUAGGACAAAUUCAAGGAGAGAAGAACUCAGAGUGCCCUAAGGAAGAUUGGAUAACCAAGAAAUGCCUAAUCAAGACUCUGCUGUGCAUGUGAAAAUGAUGCCAGAAUUUCAUAGAAGUUCAAUUCAAAUCAAGAACCUAGUAAAAGUAGAAGAAAUUAUCUGUGGUCUUAUUAAGGGAGGAGCUGCCGAACUUCAGAUAAUAACAGACUUUGAUAUGACACUGAGUAGAUUUUCCUAUGAAGGGAAAAGAUGCCCAACAUGUCAUUAUGUCAUUGACAACAGUAAGCUGGUUACAGAUGAAUGUUGGAAAAAGUUACUGCAACUAAAGGAAAAAUAUUAUGCUAUUGAAAUUGAUCCUGUUCUUACCAUGGAAGAGAAGUACUCCUAUAUGGUAGAAUGGUACACUAAAGCACAUGGUUUACUUGUUGAACAGGCUUUACCAAAAGCUAAACUUAAAGAAAUUGUGGCAGAAUCUGAUGUUAUGCUCAAGGAAGGGUAUGAGAAUUUCUUUGAUAAGCUCCAGCAGUACGGUAUCCUUGUGUUUAUAUUUUCGGCUGGUAUUGGUGAUAUACUAGUGGAGGUGAUCUAUCAAGCUGGUGUUUACCACCCAAAUGUCACAGUAGUGUCCAACUUCAUGGAUUUCGAUGACAAUGGGGUGCUCAAAGGAUUGAAAGGUGAACUAAUUCAUGUAUUUAACAAACAUGGUGCCUUGAAGAACACAGAAUAUUUCAACCGGCUAAAAGAUAACAGCAACAUAAUUCUGCUAGGAGAGUCCCAAGGAGAUAUAAGAAUGGCAGAUGGAGUAGCCAAGGUUGAAAAUAUCCUGAAAAUUGGAUAUCUAAAUGAUAGAGUGGAUGAGCUUUUAGAAAAGCACAUGGACUCUUAUGAUAUUGUUCUAGUAAAAGAUGAAUCACUGGAUGUGACCAACUCUAUCUUACAGAAGAUUCUAUAAACAGCAUUCUUCAAGAAGACCUCUCUCCUAGUCUCUAAGCCACUAAUUCCGUAAAGCAUUCUGACGUAUGAUACAUCCAGAGCAUGUUCCAGCUGGUUCCGGACACCCAAUGUGGUCGGCAGUCUCUAAUCCAAUUUGAUGAGGCAGGUUAUUUUCUACAAAUAAUUUGGAGUACACUGAGACAGAUGUGCAACGUAGCAGUGAGGGGCAGGAACCUUGGUUCUAUUCCAGCUUUGCCUCCUGCAAAAUGUCUCAUCCUGGACCUCUGUGACUUUCUAGGGCAGGAGCCUUGUGUAUCUUCUGGUCCAGCACACAGGAAGCACCAAUAAGAAGGAGCUUGAGAUCCACACAGACAUUGUGAAGAUUUUGAGAAAAUUUUGGCUGUGAACUCCAGGAAUGUGCAUGCCUAACUCCAAGUUUGGACUUCCCUCCUCCUAACCCAGCUGUCUUCCUUGUUACUGGAACCAACUUCCACUUUUCAGGAGUAUAGGAUCAAAAAGACACACAGGAAGACUACAAUUCUAUGCAGUAACAUUAUUUAAUUGUGAGACCUUCUACCACUUUUGCAUCCCCUACAGAAUUAGCGAGAGAAGUGCAAUCUCUCAGCCUGGAGUAUUGAGUCACCGCAUGAAGGUGCAUGUUCUGGAGUUGCCUGGCUCUGGAAUCCAAUUUGCAUGAAUGAAAAAUAAACUGUUGUCAUGUUAAGCCAUUGAGGUUUUGGGGUCAUUUGUGGCAAUAGCAUAACCCAACCUUUUCUAAUAAAUGUGUUUUCUGAUGAAAAAUUUAAA